AUGGCCAACCUUCUCCAGGAAGUUGGGGGCAACCAUGGUGUCGCCCUGUGGGGCCGGGCAGACAGCGGCUUUGCCUCCAUGCCUGGUAUGGACCACCUCAUCUUCGUGGCCACGCGCAUGCAGAUCCGCAUGGAGGCGUACCCCAAGUGGGGCGAUCUGGUGCGCCUGGAGACCUUCUUUGCUGAGGACGGGCGGUUGUGCACGCGGCGAGACUGGCACAUCACUGAUGCCACUACGGGCGCCUACUUGGGAGCGGCCACCAGCACUUGGGUGACCAUCAACAGCGAGACCCGCAAGCUCUCCAAGCUGCCCGAGGAGGUGCGCACCCGCUGGCUCAACCUCUCGCCGUCGCCGCCGCGGAUCGUCCUGCCGGUGGGCGAGACAAAGCGCAAGCUGGAGGACUUCCCAGAAGACGCGGCCCUGGUGGGGCCCGUGGUGUCGGCGCGCCGCACGGACAUGGACCCCAACGGACACAUAAACAACGUGUGCUACAUGUCGUGGGCGCUGGAGGCGGUGCCGCGGCACGUGUACAACGGCUACCACCUCAGAGAGGUGGAGAUGGACUUCAAGGCGGAGUGCCAUGCGGGCGAUCUGGUGGAGGUGCUGGGCCACCCCCUCACGGACACUAGCAACGGCAACGGCUGCGCGCAGCAGUUCCUGCACACGCUGCGCAAGGCUGGCGGCGGCAAGGGCGCCGAGGUGUGGCGGGCGCGCACGACGUGGGUGCCCAAGGGCAAGGUGGCCAGCAGGUGA